CAACUCCAUUGCAUCACAUUUUCCUCUGGCUCCCUUUAGAAGUCCCUAUUUACUCUGCUUAAUAGUUAACAAUGAAUACUGAUCACAAACCUAGCAUAUAAACUACAGAAGAAGAUCAUAGGCCACUAGUGCCUUACGAUACCUUUGAUGAUCUAGGACUUACAUAUCUCAAUGAAGUCCAUCAUCAACCUCUCCUUGUUACUGACUAGUCUUCAAGUCUAUUGUCAUCAUCUCCCAGGACAUGUUGAUCACCAAGAUUAUCAUGAAGAUAGCAGUCCACAUGAACAUCAGCAUACUCUUUCAGAAGACCAGCAUGGACAGACAUCUCCAGACUAUCAUAAGAUAGCUCCAAGUAAUGCUGAUUUUGCAUUCCGAUUCUACAAGAACAUUGCUUCAGAUGCAGAUGGCAAAAAUAUUUUCUGUUCUCCUCUCAGCAUUUCAAUAGCUUUUUCAUUGCUGGCAUUAGGUGCCAAAUCUGAAACACACGAUGAGAUUCGUAAAGGACUUGCUUUUGAUCUGUUGGAAAUUGAGGAGAAGGAGAUACACGAAGGGUUCCGCCAGCUCAUUCAUGUGCUUAACCAUCCAGAUAACAAAGCGCAUGUGAAUUUAGGGAAUGGCUUAUUCAUAGAACCAUCGCUGAAAUUCCUGCCUGCAUUUUUGGAAGAUGCCAAAAACUUGUAUGAAGCUGAUGGUUUCUCCACCAACUUCAGCAUCCCUAGAUUGGCUAAAAAGCAGAUCAAUGAUUAUGUACAGAACAAAACUCAUGGGAAAAUAGCUCAUGCACUUGACGAACUUGACCCAAGCACUGUCAUGGUUCUUGUGAACUACAUCUUCUUCAAAGCAUACUGGCAAAACCCCUUUGACACUCACUUCAUCAGGGAAAAAGACUUCUUUGUGGAUGCAAACACUACUGUGAAAGUCAACAUGAUGCAUCGAAAAGGCUACUACAAGUUUUUCCAUGAUGGUGAUCUCUUGUCCUGGGUAGUGGAGGUUCCUUACAAAGGAGAUGCUACAGCAUUCUUCAUUCUGCCAGAUGAGGGGAAACUGGAACAUGUGGAAGGCAAUUUAGUAAAAGAAACUCUGAGUAAAUGGACAAAAUCCUUUAGGCAUGAGAAUAUACGUCUGCUCAUCCCAAAAUUUUCAAUUUCUGCAACUUAUGAUGUCAAAGACUUGUUGCAAAGAAUGGGUAUAACGUCUGUUUUUAAUGAUACCGCUGAUCUGUCUGGAAUUACUGGAGAACAGAAUCUGAAGAUUUCUAAAGUUGUUCACAAGGCUGUGCUGGAUGUUAAUGAGAGUGGCACAGAGGCAGCAGCUGUCACCACAAUAGAGUUCAUGCUCCGUUCUGCUCCGUCUCGUCCUCCCCUUGCCAUCAAUUUCAACAGACCCUUCCUGAUUAUUAUUGUUCAUCAGCCAACAUGGAGCAUCCUCUUCAUUGGGAAAAUUGUGAACCCUGCCAAAGAAUAAAUGUUAGAAGAAAGUUACAGGUUGUUCAGGUGACGUUAAAAUAUAGAUUUUUCCCAUUUGCA